UAUCCGCUAAUGUAUUACCUGUAUUAGAUUUAAUUAUCAGUAGCCCACGGUUGUCAAGAGUGUGUUGCCUAGCGACAAGUGACUUUGCGUUUCCCUUCCCCAAGCAUCCUUGACUGCUUUCAUUCAUCCCGGCAGCCUGAUAACGCAUUGAAUAGCGCCAAACUCGCUUAUUCUUGGGUACUUCAAGGCCGCGCAGAUGUGUGUGUAUGCAGUGCAGCGUAGGCGGUCUCUCUAUGUGGGGAAAAAGGCGGUGCCUCUCAAUAAGGCGUUAUUGUUGAUGUGAAGUUGUCCUCUGAUGCCACCUUUCCACCCUGAGGACAACAGCUAUUUUUGUGAUUUGUCACAUCCUCAUCGGCCGCCGCAUUUGACCACUGUGCUUAUGCAGUCCGAUACCAGAAGUCGGCUCUUUGAGUUCUUGGCGCACGGUUUGAGACCUGGCAUGCCUCCAUCCAGUCGUAUGACCCCACAGGGACCCGCCAUGGGCCCCCCGGGCUAUGGCGGCAGCCCCGUGUCUCGCCCAGGGAUGCCUGGCGUGAUGGACCCGUCUCGUAAGAGGCCCGCCCCGCAGCAGAUCCAGCAGGUUCAGCAGCAGAGUCGCAACCAGCAUACAAAGAAGAAGAAGAUGGCCGAUAAAAUUCUACCUCAGAGGAUCAGGGAACUGGUCCCGGAGUCUCAGGCUUACAUGGAUCUACUCGCCUUUGAAAGGAAGCUGGACCAGACCAUCAUGCGCAAGAGGCUGGACAUCCAGGAGGCACUCAAGAGACCCAUUAAGCAAAAAAGAAAGCUUCGUAUUUUCAUAUCAAAUACCUUCAAUCCAGCCAAGCCCGACGCUGAGGAUGGUGAGGGCACUGUUGCAUCAUGGGAGCUCCGUGUGGAGGGGCGUCUACUUGAAGAUACAGCCGUGUCCAAGUACGAAGCCACCAAGCAGAAGAGAAAGUUCUCUUCCUUCUUCAAGUCUCUGGUGAUUGAGUUGGACAAGGAUCUUUACGGUCCCGAUAAUCACCUUGUGGAAUGGCACAGGACUGCAACCACCCAGGAGACUGAUGGCUUUCAAGUAAAGAGACCCGGCGACGUGGGUGUCCGUUGCACUGUCCUGCUCAUGCUGGACUACCAGCCGCCGCAGUUCAAGCUGGACCCUCGCUUGGCUCGCAUGCUGGGCAUCCACACCCAGACGCGACCUGUCAUCAUCCAGGCCCUGUGGCAGUACGUCAAGACUCACAAACUGCAGGACCCCCAUGAGCGAGAGUUCAUCAACUGCGACAAAUACCUGCAGCAGAUCUUUGAGACCCAGAGGAUGAAGUUCUCCGAGAUCCCACAGCGCUUGCAUGCGCUACUGAUGCCUCCCGAGCCCAUCAUCAUCAACCAUGUGAUCAGCGUGGACCCCAACGACCAAAAGAAGACGGCAUGCUACGACAUUGACGUGGAGGUAGACGACACGCUGAAGACUCAGAUGAACUCCUUCCUGCUGUCCACCGCCAGUCAGCAGGAAAUAGCAGGCUUGGAUAACAAGAUCCACGAAACCAUCGAGACCAUCAACCACCUGAAGACCCAGAGAGAGUUCAUGCUCAGCUUCGCCCGAGAUCCUCAGGGCUUCAUCAAUGACUGGCUGCAGUCGCAGUGCAGGGACCUCAAGACCAUGACAGACGUGGUGAGCAACCCUGAGGAAGAGAGGCGGGCCGAGUUCUAUUACCAGCCAUGGGCUCAGGAGGCCGUGUGCCGUUACUUCUACUCCAAGGUGCAGCAGAGGCGACAGGAACUGGAGCAGGCGCUUGGAAUCAGGAACACCUGAAGUAAUUGAUUGGAGAAUGUUGACUUUGUUUAUGCUCCCACUUUUUUUCUUCUUGUUGAGCACAAAUUUUCAAUUUAACUUCCUCCCCACCCCCAAGUCUUUACCGCCUAACAUUCCUGCCCUCAUGACACAAAAUGCCAACGUGAACGCAUGCGCGCGCACACACACACACACACA